AUCUAUAUAUAAAGCUAGAUGUGUGCUCUAAGUCAGUUCUGAUCUGAUGCGCUGUUAAACCACUCUUCCUCGAAAAAUUUCAGAUUUUUCGAACCCAACCGCCUAUGAUGAAUCUGAUCGUAUCUUUAUUGGCUUUGACGGCGGUGGUAUGGGUUAUGAUACCGGGUGGAGAGGGAAUGCAAGGGAGGGACUCGGAAAUCCAGCCCAUCCCUCCAAGUCCCAAAGCAACCUCUUCUCGGAGUCCAGUGAUGGCGUCAAGUCCUCCCUCAUCUGUUACGUCUGAGAAGAAACUAAACUGGUUCGCACAAUAUAGACAGAAUAAGAAACAAAAGGAAGAAGAAAAGGAAAAGGCUGCUGCGGCAAAGAGAAAACCUGCAUCUGGGCCACCGGUACCCUAUUACAAGGACGUGACCAAUAUAGAAGCAUCCUCCUGGAGCCAAAUGAUCAAGUCCAUACUGAGUAAUGACUGCUGUACAAGGGGUAUGCAAGACGCAAGCGGGUACUGCAAGAGGGUAACUGGAUACUUGGACAGACUCAAACCCGAAAAUAGGAGUGACGCCUGCCCUCGCGUAAUGAACGGAAGAUGUGCCGAGAUUGGUGGCCAGAAAGUGUGCGCAGUCGACGUGUACACGAAAACCAAGAGCGAGAGACCAGUUUGCGGCACAGGGGCACCAUUUUGCGGUUGCGCUAACAUAAAAAUAGAAAAACAACUCGUACCGUUUCGGGAGUGUGUCGGCACGCUCGAAUUCUGAGCGGUCAUAUUGGAACGCGUCCAUGUGAAAGGAGUCCUUUGGAAGAUUAAAAGAACCUAUCCGAAUCAGUAUAGUUAUUGAUGCGUUACUUAUCCGUUACUUUGCGUAAUUUUUUUGCUUUCUUUUCCUUUUUAUUUUGCAAAUUAGACGAUAUUUGCUUUUUUAGCGUUGAAAUUAUAGUUCAUAUUUCGUUUAAAUUA